AUGUCCGCGAUCUCAGACAGCGACAGCGAAACGGAGGUUGUGUCGCGAAACCUUUGCGGAGUUGUAGAUAUUGGUUCGAAUGGUAUUCGUUUUAGUAUUUCGUCAAAGGCUUCGCACCAUGCGAGAAUAAUGCCCUGCGUGUUCAAGGACCGAAUUAACAUCUCACUUUUUGAAGUGCAAUACGCUGCCAAUUCUUUGGAAAAAGGGCCCAUCCCUGAAGACACAAUCAAAGAGGUGAGCGCCGCAAUGAAGAGGUUUAAACUGAUAUGCGAUGAUUUCGGGGUACCGGAAACAGGCGUUCGGGUAGUUGCCACCGAGGCAACCAGAGAGGCUAUCAACUCUAAUCAAUUCAUCAAUGCGGUGUUUGAAUCCACUGAAUGGGACGUCGAACUUCUAAACAAAGAGGAAGAAGGGAAAAUUGGCGCCUAUGGAGUCAUAUCUUCAUUCAAUUCGGUCUCGGGGCUUUACAUGGAUUUAGGCGGUGGGAGCACUCAGAUUUCAUGGAUUAGGUGCGUCGACGGGGAAAUCAAAAUGUCUGAGACUCCUGUUUCACUCCCAUACGGUGCUGGUGCUUUGUCAAGAAGAAUGAAACAUGAAGAUAAAAGAGAUUUGUUUCUUGAAAUCAAGAAGGCCUACGCAGACGCAGUAUCUAAGAUACGGAUGCCGCAAGAAAUGAUGGAAGAGGCCGAAUCUAAAGGGGGCUUUGACCUGUUUACAUGUGGUGGAGGUUUGAGAGGUAUGGGCCACUUGUUGCUGUCAAAGAUUAAAGAAUAUCCUAUCCAAACAAUCAUCAACGGAUUCUCUUGCUCUUUUGAGGAAUUUUCAAGUAUGGCAGACUACUUGUUCCUAAAGGGAUGUGUUCCAAAGUCCAAGAAAAUCUUCAAGGUAUCCGAGAGAAGAGCAUUACAGCUACCCGCUGUGGGUCUGCUGAUGAGCGCUGCGUUCGAGUCCCUCCCAUCUGUUAAAACAGUCCAUUUCAGCGAAGGUGGUGUAAGGGAAGGUACCCUGUACUCGAUUCUACCACGUGAGAUCAGAGCUCAAGACCCGUUGCACGUUGCAACAAGACCAUACGCGCCACUGCUGGCUCCCAAAUAUCUUGAGCUAUUGAGAGCCGCCAUACCAGAAAAGGACGUGCCCAAAAUUGUCUAUGCAAGAAUUGCACCCGCCUUGUGCAACUUGGCGUUCGUGCACGCGUCAUAUCCGAAAGAACUACAGCCCACGGCCGCUUUGCACGUGGCAACUACAGGUAUAAUUGCCGGAUGUCACGGUCUCUCUCAUCGAGCAAGAGCGUUGAUAGGAAUUGCUCUUUGCAAUAGAUGGGGAGGCGAUAUUCCAGAACAAGAAAUGGAGCACAAGAAGUUGCUGGAAGACGUGGUUCUACGAGACGGGAACAAGGUAGAAAGAGAAAGAAUUGUAUGGUGGACGCAAUAUAUUGGAACAAUCAUGUUUGUGAUAUGCGGUGUUCAUCCGGGAGGAAAUAUUCGUGAUGGGUUGUUCAACUUCAAUAUUGAGCAGAAAGAAAACGUGGAUAAGGAUCUACAAAGUCUGAGUCUUGAUGAAAGGAUAGCGUCGGGAACGUCCAAGCGCAGAGAAUUCGAGGUCAUUGUCCGCAUUAGCAAAGACGAUCUCAAGACAAGUGCUUCCGUUAGAGCCAGGAUUAUUACUCUACAGAAGAAAAUCAGGAAACUCUCGCGCGGUAGCUCCGAAAAGGUCAAGAUUGGCGUACAGUUCUACGAGGAUACAUGA